AUGACACUCUUCAAGAACGAUAUCGAAGCGGCCGUCGAGAUUGAUUGUGGCACGGGAUGGAUGGUCCUCUACCCAAGGCAGAAGACUGAAAUCACACCAGGUGCAGAAUCAAUCCGCAUCCGACUCCGAGAGGAUUGCAGCAUCGCGUCAGAAGUAUAUAUCCAUGCCGAAGCCAGGCUGCUCAGCUGCGAAAUCUGCACAUCGGAUCUCGGGCCUUUCAACCUCCAAGCCGACAAGUGGCUGGAGCGGGAGAGGAUGUCGGUCGCUUUAGCUGAAGCGCAAGCCUUACUCCGAAAGGUGCGACAUGAUGGCACGAAACAAAAGGAAGCGGUCAAGCAGGGUUCAGUUUGGGUGCUUCGCGCUUCUGCCUUUGCACUCCUCUACAUGAUGCUGGCGCUGGGUUUGUCAAUGAUUGCGCUUCUAGUGGCGCCAGGACUGCUCAUGAAAGGAUACGUUGCUUUCUGUUCCUUAUCUGCUGUUGGCAUGUGGACGGUGGUGCACAGGCCUCUGCAGCCUGUCGUGCAAAAGUACGGAACGCGCAUCAUUCAUCUGGGCUUUUGGUCUGCGUUCCUGAGUCUUCUUCUUGGCCCUUAUAUGCUUUUCAUUCUCGUCCGGUGCCACAAGAAUGAUGAUAUCCUGGAGUGCAUGAUGGAAGGAAUGGACAUCACAGACUUCAUUCCGCUUUGUCUGAUUCCCGUCGGUCUUGUCAUCCAUGGCUUGGUCAGAAGAUUCAACCCCAAGAUGGCGGUCAACUUUUAUCCGGAUUUGUUGGAACAGCAGGCUGUUCAACAAGCAAUCGAAAACAGCAUCGUCUUUCACGGCCGGGUGCUUGAGGGUCGAGGCAGAGGAUGCGUGUGUUCCUGGCCCGGGAAGUAUGCAUCUGCAUGGGACGCAAUGGUGCGAAGCAGCAAGCAGGGCAACACAAGUGCAGCUGUGGUGUUUCUACCAGAGGGCAGCGAACUUUUUGGUCUCCAUGACCCAAUCCCGGACGAGCCUGACCUAAGGGACCUCAAUGGUGCUUGCUGGUGUGUCUCGUUGUAUGGAGAGAGGAAGCCCUGGGGAUGUAAGUGGUGGACAAGAUGGAUAGCCAACAUUGAAGAGGCCGUACAGCAAGGCGCAAAGCUGGAAGUCUAUUUCUUCCAAGACUUGCGAGGGAAAGGCAAAGCGGAGAGCUUCAGCACCGUCGGGUCUGAGCACCUCCGGCGCGAGGCGCUGCAGCGCCUGAAAGACAGCGAGUUUCAGAGCUCUGAGGUUUUCAAAGAUGCACAGGCGUCGGGCCUGGAAGAGCUGUCCAAAGUGAAGAGGGAAGAUGGCUCGUCACAGUACAGCCGCGAGAAGGAUCGCCUGUUUCUCGGCUGGCUCCCCGCCGAGGACCGGCAAUUUCUCAGCGCCUCGGUGGGACUGGGGGAAUCGCAAAAAGCAGAGGUGGCAUGGCUUGAGAGGAAAGGCCUCUCUUACGAAGAAGUUGAUGUUAAGAAGUGGCUGUAUAUGUAG